UUCCCCCCGCUAAUUUCGCCUUCUUUACUUUCUUUACUUUUCUUCUGCUACUCGCUCUCUCACUCUCUUACUUACUUUUACUCAUUUCUUGUCCGGUGUCCAAACCAUUACCCAACAACCACAAAAAACGCCAUGUCUCCUCUCUCUCUCUCCUUCUUCUUCUCUCUCCUUCUCUUCUUUCCUCUCUUCUCUUUCUCCUUCCCCUUCAACACCUCUCUCUACAUAGACUGCGGCGGCUUGGUCCCCUCCACCGAUCCUUUCAACAUUACCUGGCUUCCUGACCGCUACUUCACCGGCGGAGCCACUGCGGUUGUUUCCGAGCCGUUACGCUUCUCUCAUGUUCCCGAGAAGACGCUCCGUUACUUCCCUCUCUCUUCCGGCAAGAAGAACUGCUACGUUGUCCCUCUUCCUGAUGGCCGUUACUACAUCCGUACUUUUACCGUCUACGAUAACUACGAUGGCAGGUCACAUACUCCCUCCUUCGACGCCUCCGUUGAAGGUACCUCCGUCUUCUCCUGGCGCUCUCCUUGGGGCGAAGACCUCGCUCGCGAUGGCUCCUAUUCCGAUCUCUUUGCCUUCGUUGAUGAUGGCGAGCUCGACCUCUGCUUCUAUAGCAUCGCUACUGAUGCUCCUGUAGUUGGCUCCAUCCAGAUCACGCAAGUCGACCCGCUCUCUUACGCCGCUGCGGAGACUGGCCGCGAUGUCAUUUUAGUCAACUACGGGAGGCUCUCCUCCGAGUCAGCCCACUGGGGCCCCGGCUUUAGCAACGAUACCGACGAUUUUGGGCGGACCUGGUUGUCCGACGCUGACUUCCGGUCCAAGGGUGUGGCGUCGACGGUCCGAUCGCUUUCGACAGUGGAGGUCAUCAAGGGCGCGAAUCAGCCGCCGAAUUACUUCCCGAUGAAGCUUUAUCAGAAGGCUGUUACGGCGACUGGAGAAUUGCAGUACGAGCUAGAGGUGGAUGCUAAGCUUGAUUACUUGCUAUGGUUCCACUUCGCAGAGAUUGAUUCUAGCGUGAAAAAGGAAGGGGUUAGGGUGUUUCAGUUGGUAGUGAAUGAGGAGAUUGUGAGUAGAGUGGACAUAUACAAGGAGGUCGGAAGCUUCGCGGCUUACAGCUUGAAUUAUACGGUGAAGAAUCUCAGCAGUAUUGCUUUGACCGUAAAGCUGGUGCCGGUCACCGGUGCGCCCUUGAUCAGUGGGCUGGAGAAUUACGCUAUUGUCCCUGCCGAUUUGUCGACUGUGCCUGAACAAGUGAACGCCAUGAGGGCAUUGAAAGAUUCACUUCGCGUUCCUGAUAGAAUGGGCUGGAACGGUGACCCAUGUGCUCCUACCAGCUGGGAUGCUUGGGAAGGGGUUACAUGCAAACCAAACAAGGAAGGAACUGCACUUAUAAUAUUUCAAAUAGAUCUUGGGAGUCAAGGCCUGAAAGGGUUUAUUAGCGACCAGAUUGGCCUUCUCACAAAUUUGGUUAGCCUGAACUUAAGUUCAAACUCUUUGACUGGUACUCUACCAUCAGGGCUUGGCCAGAAAUCUCUUGUCCGGCUGAUUUUGAAUGAUAACUUACUCGAAGGAAGGGUACCUGAGAAACUUUAUUCAGUUGGUGUUCACGGUGGAGCUAUUGAUCUCUCCGGAAACAAAGGUUUGUGUGGUGUACCUUCUUUGCCGUCGUGCCCUGUUUUUUGGGAAAAUGGCCAUUUAUCUACUGGCGGUAAAGUUGCAAUAGCCCUGUCAUGUGUUGUGGUUCUCCUUCUGGUACUGUUAUUGGUAUAUUUCUGCUGUAUCAGGCGGAGUAAAAAUGACUAUGACUUUGGUCUUCCUCAAGACUUGAUGUUAGUCUCUGCAAAGAGAAACAAGUAUCAGAGGCAGAAGUCACUGAUGCUUCUUGAAAUGGAGAGCCAACAUGCCAAAGGAUUGCCAACGCUUCCACUCAAUUCACGUUAACAGUAUGUUGAAAAGGAUAGGCGAUUUUGAUUGUUUGUACUUACAGAUAUUGCAUACAGAGUUCAUGAACUUAUAGGAGACACAGAAAAUGCAGUUGGGGGCAUUGCUGCUUCAAGAGGAUAAGUUCAGUUGGUUUUGGUUUUUCUUCAGACAACUUGAAUGCAAAUGGGCCCUUAAAAAGUCGAUCUCUAGAAAAUGCAAUGCAUCUCAUUUUUUCCUCACUGACACACAAAGAGGCAUUGAUGCCAACAUUGUAUCAUACCCACUUUUGGCAUUUGGUGAAUAGCUCUUGUUGAUUGAAAUCUCAAUUGUGUAAAUGGCACCACUCUCUAUACCAAAUGGUCGACAAGUUUGUUAUAAUUGGUUCAUUAUUGUACCUGUGGAUAUAUCUUUUCGUGAUAUUUUUACUCUGGAGUAGCAUUAUACCUAUUUGUCCAAUAAUAGAUAAUAACUGAGUAAAUAAAGCAGCUUUGGAUGGAAGUA